CGAUCAUGUGACCUCAAUUCCUCAAUCUAAUCUUAACCUUGAUUACUGGGAAUUCUGAGAUAGGUAUUAUAAUGUGCAAGAUAUCAUUUUCAAUGGUUUCGUUUCGGUGUUAUAAUUAUUAGGAAAUCACUAAAAUUAUUCCUUUCACUAUAGUGUACUGCUGGUCGUUUGUUCGGAAUCGUCGGGACGGUAAACACCCGCGAAAAACGUUAAAAUAAUUGCGAGUUACAGUGAAUGGACGUGAUACAAAUAGUGAAUCAUGGGUUGUAACUCUUCAAAGUUGGAAAUAACUCCCGAAACUGGUACUUUGUAGGACAUUAAAACGUGCACCAUGACUAAAAAUAUGAGAACCGCAUUUUGGUAUUUACGGCGUUUGACCUUGAAGAAUCGUUUUCAGGAAUUUCUUACAAUUCGGGGGUUUUCUUUGGAUAAGUUGGCAGAUCGAUCCAGCCAAAAUGAAAAACAAGCAGAUUCCGAAUUCUUGGAAGGGGUUGUGUGCCAAAUACAGGACCUCAAAGAGAACGAAAUGAAAACCGUCGAACUGGAAGAACACAAAGUUCUGCUAGUCAAGCAAAAUGGAAAAAUCAGCGCUCUUGGCUCCAAAUGUACCCAUUAUGGGGCGCCAUUAGUCAGCGGGGCUUUGGGCGAUGGUAGGAUAAGAUGCCAAUGGCACGGCGCCUGUUUCAACUUGGAAACCGGCGACAUCGAAGAUUUUCCUGGAAUGGACUCCCUGCCUUGCUAUAAAGUCACUGUAGAAGAUGGAAAUGUAAAAGUAAGAGCUAAGAGGGCGGAACUCAUUAGCAACAAACGUGUAAAAUCUUUAGGGAAGAAAUCGCAUUUCACUAGGGAGAGGUUUGUUGUUAUUGGUGGAGGACCAUCGGGAGCUACUGCAGUAGAAGCGUUAAGGCAAGAAGGCUUUACUGGUGAGAUAGAUUUUGUCAUGAAAGAGAACUAUUUGCCUUAUGAUAGGGUGAAAGUUAGUAAACAGAUGGAUUUUGAUAUAAUCAAGGCGCAGUUCAGGGACGACCAGUUCUACAAGAAUCAUGACAUUAACGUACUUAAGGGUGUAGCUGCCACUGCUGUAGAUACAUCAAACAAAUCAGUCAGUCUCUCAAACGGUCAAGAAAUCAAAUAUGACAAACUCUACAUUGCCACCGGUUGUAACCCCAGAAAACCUCCUUGUCCAGGCAAUACUGCCAAAAACGUUUGUAUCUUUAAAGAUUAUGAAGAUGCUGCGUAUGUCUAUCCAAAACUUACUCCGGAAACUGAAGUGGUGGUAGUUGGGUCGAGUUUUAUAGGAAUGGAGGCGGCCAGUUAUGUAGUAAAUAAAGUGAAAAGCGUGACUGUGAUUGGAAGAGGAGCGGUACCUUUUAGAUCCUCUUGGGGUAAUAGGAUUGGUGCUGCUAUAUUGAAGAUGUUUGAAGGCAAGGGAGUUAAAUACGUGGCUAAUAGUGGAAUUAAAACAAUCAACGAAAACGAGCAAGGAGCCGUAUCCAGCGUAGAACUCACGGACGGCACGAUCCUCAAGUGCGAUUUUCUUUUCUGCGGCAUUGGUAGCAACUUCGCCACCGAUUUCCUGGAAGGCUCUGGAAUCAAUGUGAGACCAGACGGAUCAGUUGAAGUUAAUGAAUAUUUACAAACCAAUAUUGCAGACGUUUAUGUGGGUGGUGAUAUUGCUUAUGCUCCAGUUUGGUCGCAUCAUAAUCAAAAAUCUGCCAUAGGUCAUUAUGGGCUUGCACAAUACCAUGGACGAUCAGCUGCACUUAAUAUGAUAGGAAAACCCACUCCUAUCAAAGCAGUUCCAUAUUUCUGGACCAUGUUGUUUGGAAAAGGGUUCAGGUACGCCGGUCAUGGAAAAUAUGAUGAUAUCGUAUAUGCUGGCGAUGUGGAGGAGUUAAAGUUUAUGGCGUUCUUUUUGGAUGGGGAUGAGGUUAUUGCGGUAUUGUCUUGUGGUAUGGAUCCCCUAGUGUCGAAAUUCGCUGAGCUGCUCGCCCAAGAUAAAAAACUAUACAGGGCGGACCUAAAAGAUGACCCACUAGCGUGGACCAAGUAAUUGACCAAGUGACAUUUAAAAAAAAAACCUUUAACAGUAAUUAAAAUAUUUUAAAGAAAUAUUUAUUUCCUUUGUUCAGUGAUUAUAUUUAUAAGAUAUUAAUUGUACUUAUUGUGGCUUUCAGUAUAUGUAAUUUAAAUGUAUAGGAAAAUGUUGCAUUUUUAUGAGAUUAUUAUUGAUAAUUGUUAUUGGUUUGAAUACAGAUAGUUUAAAUGACUGUUGGACUAAAAGUAUUACGAAAAGUUGAAUAAAAAAUAUUUUGUGAA